GCUAUAAACGAAAAAGUCACGUAAUCUUUAGAGAUACGCCUCGUUUAGAUGGGAGUUUACAUAUAAGGGAUAAGGCGCUCUCAAAUAUAAAACUACGUUAAACAACAUUCCUUUCGCUCUAAACAAAGGUCAGACGCUACGAAGAUAACUGCAAGUACAAUAAUUAUGGGGUCAAUUAUUUAAACUCAAUUUAAAAUACCAAAAUCUACGUGCACAAAAAUGAGAUACUGCCUUGUACUCGGAAUUUGCUGGAUUUGCAGUAUACACAAUGGAGCAGUACAUUGUUUUCUGGAAGUUCCUGAGCAAUUUGCAACAUUAACUGCUGAAACGGGGGAGACAAUCGGGCAAGAAAUAUCGACUCCAGCACAAUUCGACGUUUCAACAAGAGAGGAAGUUACGGAUAUUACAACUACAUCCUAUGUCGAGUGUUCAAACAGUCAGUCGAACUGCAAGAUACUGAAUGAUACAUUGAACAUUUGCGCGGAUGUACCGCAUGCUGUGAUACUGUGUCAAGGCUACUGCCAUUUGUGCAACGCCGUGAACGGAAAUUGGUCUGAAUGGACGAAGUGGGGCACGUGUGAUGUCACAUGCGGGAACGGAACGAAGAUUCGUUCCCGGAAGUGCGACAACCCGGCGCCCUCUCACGGUGGAGGAUAUUGCGUGGGGGCCUCAGAAGACAUUGACUUCUGCUCCAAACAUAAAUGUCCCGUUCACGGCUCCUGGGGUACAUGGUCGGAUUGGAGCAACUGUAGCAAGGAGUGUGGGCCUGGACUGAGAAACCGGACCAGGCGCUGUGAUCAUCCCGAACCGUCUGCGGAUGGCAAUCACUGCUUUGGGGCAAGCAUCAACUAUGAAGUGUGUGGACAACAAGAAUGCACCGAUGUCCCGAUGAUUCUUUUUCGAGUGAGAUCUCCGUCACAUAUUUAUACAUCCCAGGGAGCUAACAUCGUCUUCAGCAUCAUAGAUAUCAAUGAAGGCCGAGGUUACGACGCUGAAAGCGGUCAGUUUCGUGCGCCUGUUAACGGAACAUACAGUUUCAUCGCACAGUAUUGUGUUGCAGAGCAAGGUUUCGCACAAAUCGAGCUGGUAAAGGAUGGCAGUUCUUUACAAAAAGGAGGAAUCAUGGCUUCUCUCACACGCCACUGCGCGGACCUACACGCGAUGGUAUUUUUGCAUAGAGGCGAACGAGUCUGGAUAAGAAGCACAUUCGCGACUCAUUUCUCCGAAAGUCUUCUUGCUUGGUCAACGUUUUCUGGUGCUUUGUAUUACGUGUGAUUUAUUUGGAAUAAGUGUACGGUGCGUUAUGUGUUUUUCGUUCAAUAAUUACUGAUAAAGGUUGUUACAAAAAUGUCAAUUCGUACGAAUAUUUAUCUCCAUUACACCUGCAUGAUACAUUUGACAUCGCACGCUACGCUGACACAAUUAUCCGAUUGGGUUCGAAUUGAAGUUUCAUUGUUUUUUUAAUUCUACCAAAUUCAAUGUAAAACUAUACUUUGCACGUUUAAACAUCGCACACCAUUGCAUAAUUGCUGUGUUUUGAUCAAUCUAUUGUAUAGGAAACGAAUUUAUAUGAAAUGCACCACUACACAAAAGUGGUUGUAUUGUCAUAAUUUUAAGUGAACGAACGAAUAAAACUAAUACUACGUACAUUCUACAAUUUUAUCAAUGCAGACUGUAAAACAAUCUAGCUGAUAAUAAGCAUGCGUCAAGAUGAAAAUAUAUUUUUAUGUUUGUAUCCGAAGCAAACAACAAGAACAAAUUAGCUACAUGUAUUUAUGAAUCGAAUACAGUGGCUUUUAUUUCAGGGUUUACACGAACAUGGUGAAUGGUGUUUACGGAUAUGAUUUUAGCAAGACAAUUUAUAUGUAUGUACUGACAUACAUAUUAAUACCUUUAAGCUACACAAAAUCACCGAUUUCCUAGAAAUGCAAUAUUCUCGAGGAAACUUAAUCUCAUAUCCCCCUAAAAAGUGGUCAACACAUUUAUAUAAAACAAGCUACGCCCCAUGCGCAUGCAAUUAACACAUGGUUAUUUAUUGUCAGUCUGCACAUACCAUGACAACAAAUGAAUAAAACGUUUGUAUUAACUUUCAA